AAUUAAUGAGAUUUUGUGUGCGAGAGCCAGGGCUGCCAACUUGCUGAGAAAUAAAAACGUAAUGGCGGCAAGAUGGGAAAUACAAUGAAAACGAUAAUAUGUCCAGGAUCACACAUUAAUUCGCGAGUUUAAGUCAUUUUGAGCAACGUUAUCGAAAAGGGGGCAACCCUAGGGCAGCCGAUAACGCUUGCAUCACCGCUUUCUCUUUCUAACGCACGCACCGCUGGCGCAAAUGCAGCACAAAGCAGACUAUAAAUAACAAUCGUUAUCGAAAAGGUCGUCGAAAUGAGCAUAAAUAUUUUUAUAAACAGUAAAUGUUUAAUUUCUUGUGGGGAUCACAUUAAAUAUGAUGAGUUGUACAGUCGGAUUUCGGAGAAAACAAACCUGCAACCAGAGGAAUACUACUUAGUUAGCAAUGGCAAGCGCUUGGAGGGAGAACUUUCAUCUGGAGAUGUUCACUGCGUUCUCCGCCAACUCGGUGGCAAAGGAGGAUUCGGCUCCAUGCUUCGAGCCAUUGGUGCCCAAAUUGAAAAGACAACCAACCGCGAGGCUUGCCGCGAUCUAAGUGGUCGUCGUUUGCGGGAUAUCAACGAGGAGAAGCGGGUGCGCGCCUGGCUGGAGAAGCAGGGCGAACGGGAACGGGAGGCCGAGGAGCGUAAAAAGCGAAAGAUCGAGAAACUGCUGGCCGUGCCCAAGCACGACUUUAAGGACGAUAAGUACGACGAAGCCAGGGCUAAUCUGACCGAAAAGGUAAACGACGCCUUCGAGGAGGGACUCAAGCAGGCCGAGGAGAACAAGGAGAAAGGCGUCAAGGAAGCAACUUCCAGUGGCACAAAGAGGAAAUCCCCCGCCGUAGACAAGACCAAGGCAAAAAAGAAGAAAAAGGGCACACUCUGGAUAGGCGAUGACAUCUCUGGAUCCGACUCUGACUCUGACGACAGCGAGGAGGAGGAGCCAAAAACACAGAAAAAAGCCAUACAAAACUAGAUAAAUAACUUUAGAAUUAAGUAUGUAACUAAGACGUUCUUAUCUCUAAAUUUACCUGAAAUUAAAGCAGUCCGUAAAAAUAUAAA